GUUCGGCAGCGACAUUUAAAGAGCUUUACUUCACCGUCGAGCCGACGGAUGUGAUCGCCGUGAGGGACGGGCCUGCCCUUCUCAACUGUACUGCCAGAGGACCCUCCGAGCCCAGUUAUAGCUGGAGGAGGGAUGGAUCGACCGUGCAGUUCAUUGGAGAUACCAGAAGGUCGAUCUUGUCAAAUGGCUCUCUUUUCAUCAGUCAGGUGCACCACACACGCAAUGAAAGGCCAGACGAAGGCAUUUACGAAUGUGCAGCAACGGUCAAAGAUGUUGGCACCAUCGUCAGUAAACCGGCCAAGCUGCAGGUCGCUAAUCUGCCUAGGUUCGAUGAACAACCACAUGACGUGACUGUAUAUCCAGGACAGACGGCCUAUUUUCCCUGCUCUAUUCAAAGUCACCCUCCUGCGGAAAUUACUUGGCUGAAAGAUGAUCGACCCAUCCGAAUGGAGAAAGACAGGUACACCCUUCUGCCCAGUGGAGCACUAGAAAUACAGAGGGUGCAGACAUCGGAUAGUGGGACAUACAAAUGCAACGCUUCCAAUAUCGAAAGGCAUAGAAUCAGCUCCACUGGAACCCUAACUGUCAGUUUAGAUUAUGCGGAAGCUAAUAAAUUGUUGGCACCCCAGUUCAUUGCCGUGCCGAGGAGCACCUUUGUUGUAGAAGGAAAAAGCGUCACGCUGGACUGCGCAGCCAAUGGAAAUCCAGCUCCCAAGAUUACUUGGCUGAAGGAUGGAGCGACAAUUGAUUUGCAGGAAGGCUCAGACGGUCGUCAUCGGAUUGUCGGUGCGGGCAGCUUGACAAUAGACCCAGCUACAGAAGGAGAUGAUGGAACAUACAUGUGCAGAGCGGAAAAUCACGUCGAUUCUGUAGAUACUAGCGCUACUCUUGAAAUACAGGUUCCUCCCCGAUUCACAAAAAAGCCUCAAACUCGUUAUGCCUACGAGAAAGAAGACGUUGAACUGGAGUGUGAAGUAUAUGGAAGACCAGAGCCUAAGGUCCAUUGGCUGAAGAAUGGUGACGUUAUAGUGCAAAGUGAGUACUUCAAGUUGGUAAAUGGGUACAAUCUCCGAGUUCUUGGCCUUGUGAGAUCUGAUGCUGGAGUGUACCAGUGCUUCGCAACUAAUCCAGCUGGCGCCAUUCAGGCUACUGCCCAACUGUUACUACUCCAACCAGCCACUCCUUCUCCUAAGCCUACCUCCUCAACAGGUGACCAACCUCACAGCAAAAAUGUGCCAACAGCUCCUAGAGACGUCACUGCUGUAAUUGUCUCCACGAGGUUCGUCACGCUGUCCUGGACGCAGCCACUUAAGGCCAAUGGAGAAAUCAUUGCCUACUCUGUAUAUUAUAAGGAGACCACAUCGACCAGGGAACGUGUGUUAAACACGACUCGCCCAAGGCUGGAAGAAGUCAGCAUACAAGGUCUUCAACCAUCUACGAAGUAUCAUUUCCGUGUGGUUGCUUACAAUGAACAUGGACCCGGCGCCAGUUCUGAGGAAAUUAUUGUCGAAACACAAGCAGAAGUUCAUGUUCCUGGAGCACCCAAGAACCUGAAAGCUGUUGCUCUGUCUCCGACAUCGAUUCUUGUUUCAUGGGAUCCACCAGAACCUGCCACAGAACCUAUACAGAAAUACAAACUUUUCUAUAUGGAAGAAGGUACUUCCGAGGAACGAGAAGUCUCCACCACAGAAACUACCCACACCCUAAGAGGUUUGCGGAAGUACACAGAUUAUAAUUUUUGGGUGGUGGCCUUCAAUGCCAAUGGUCCCGGACUCAACUCAGAAGAAGUAACCAUGAAAACAUUAUCUGACACCCCAAGUGAUACUCCACAAAAUGUUACCAUAGAAGCAGCUAGUUCGAGCACUGUCAUAGUCCGAUGGGAACCGCCUCCUAAGGAAAGUCAAAAUGGAGUGAUCAUGGGCUAUAAAAUACGCUAUAAGCUCAAAGGGAGCCGCCGUGGGGAUACAGUUACCACCGAUGGAAACAGACGACUGUAUGCUCUUACAGGACUAGAGAAAGGUGCUCAGUACAGUAUAAAGAUUGCUGCCUUAACAAUAAAUGGAAGUGGGCCUGCGACAGACUGGAUCGUUGUGGACACUUAUCAGAAUGAUUUAGAUGAGACAAGGGUUCCGGACAGACCAAAUUCUCUACGUGCACGCCCUACUGCAAAUAGCAUCCACGUUAACUGGACACCGCCGCGGAAUCAGAACAUCAUGAUACGAGGCUACACCAUAGGUUGGGGCAUCGGAUUUCCUGAUGUUUACACCAAAGUGCUUGAUGGGAAACAACGGUACUAUAAUAUUGAAAAUUUACAGCCGUCUUCGGAAUACGUCAUUAGUUUACGAGCUUUUAAUCAAGUAGGAGAUGGAAUUCCUAUAUAUGAAACUGUCAAAACUCUAAUUCAAGCACCGCCUGAACCGCAGACACCAAUGCUGCCUCCUGUUGGUCUGAAAGCUAUUGUCCUUUCCUCUUCUACUGUUGUUCUAUAUUGGACAGACAGCACUUUAUCUCGGAAUCAAUUAGUGACUGACAAUCGCAUUUACACUGUUCGUUAUAGUCCCUACUCAACCAGUUCCAGUCCAAAAUACAGAUAUUUUAACUCCACCGAUCUAAACUGCAUGAUUGUUGAUCUCAGACCAAAUACGCAGUACGAAUUUAGUGUGAAGGUGACUAAAGGCUCCAGGGAAAGCACGUGGAGUAUGAGUGUCAUUAACAGCACACAGGAAGCUGCGCCAUCCUCCCCACCUCGUGAUCUGACAGUCAUACCUUCUGAAGAUGAUGCCACAUCUAUUGCUUUGACUUGGCAACCUCCAAAACAACCUAAUGGACAAAUAUCAGGUUACGUAAUUUUCUACACUACCGAUAACACUCAAAGGGAUAGGGACUGGGUGCAGGAAGGAGUCAUCGGUGAUAAACUCUCCACGGUCUUAAGAAAUCUUCUGCCUGACACCACAUAUUACUUCAAAAUCCAAGCAAGAAACGCUAAAGGUUAUGGACCCUUUUCUUCAGAAGUUGUUUAUAAGACGCCACCAGGUCUAGCGAACAAUUUUUUAUAUAUUAUCAUCGCCGCUGUCUCUGGUGGUAUCGUUGUUAUCAUCCUCAUCAUAAUAGUUUCUGUAGUAUGCAGACGUCGACAUAAUGCUUACUUGGCUCCUGUUCAGAAAAAUAGGAUUUUGAUCACUAGGUAUGGUGGCGCUAAAGCUACUGGAAGAGAACUCAAGCCUCCUGAUUUGUGGAUCCACCAUGACCAGAUGGAACUGAAGGAAAAAGUGAGGCAAGGCGAACAUCCAGGAUUAUCCCGGAAUCCCCAUGAAGCCGAUGUCAUGAUCGACGUAAUGGAAAAGAAAAAAGGAUCUUAUAUUGAUCUUGUGGCUGCCUUAGAUGAUGCAUCUGAUACUGGUCAGUCCCGAGUUAAAUCUUUCUUACUACCUCCAGAAAACUUCACCCUUCCUCCACCUAUGCCUACUUUGUCAGCUACUACGCCAGUCCCAAAUGGAGGUCUGGAAUCUCCAUAUGAGAUGGGUUCAAGUGGUUUGGCAAGGCCAGUAUAUCCACGGACGCAGUAUAACAUUCCUCAUGCUCAUGUCACUAUAGAUGCUGCUCAUCCUGGAUCAUCAUCAUCGACCCUUGCCUCUCCAUCUGCGCGAAGUCAUCAUCCUUAUGAUCAAGUGACCUCACCCACCUUGCACAUAACAUUAGGUGGUGCCUCUGUGCUGGGCACUGGCCAACAUGCAACCUAUUCGAGCAACACCAAUACAGCUGCUGCUGAAUGUACAUCUGUUUCUGGCACCCUCAGUAAAAGGCCGCCCAAUCACUCAUUGAAAUCAUUCAGUGUUCCGGCGCCCCCUUGCCAGAGUGCACCCACCACACCUCAACCAAGACACAUAGUGAAACCUCAACAAGUGGCCAGUCCUCAGAAGAAACUGCUGGCAAGUGGUGGUCCUUCACCUGCUACUCCUUCUUCACAGCAGUCUACUUUAAAAUCUCGGCCAUCUACGAUGCCCCGACAGCAAGCAGAAGGCAGCAGUGACAGGGAGGACCUGCCUCCUUCUUACAGUACUGAAGAUCUAAGUGUAGAAAUGGCAAAUCUAGAAGGACUGAUGAAAGAUUUGAAUGCCAUCACAGCAUCAGAAUUUGAAUGCUGAAUUGUUAAUAGCUUAUUAUGCCAAUGAUCAUUAUGAUACUCAGUGUGCUUUUUAUAGAAACAAUGACUUUUUUGUGCGUGCAAGAUGCUGCCAUGUGAAAUACUGCUUCAUAACUACCUGUACCUGUGAUUACAAAUCUGGUUUGUUUUAAUUAACAACUCAUGUCAUCUUGCAUUUACUUUCACAAAGACUAUUACCUUCAUAAGGUAGAUUCACUGUUUGUGAUGCCAAACUUGAACAUUACUUUUCAAGUAAGUAAAAAGAAUGUACUAUAAACAUAUUUAUAAUACAUCAUUAUUCAUACAUUUGAAAUGAAAAUAAUGAAACACUUCAAUCAUUUUUAAUACUUUUUCUAGUUACUUUAUAGCAUGAAACUUAAGCCAUGGAAAACAUUUUAAACAAAAACUAAAUGAAAUAGAAAGACUAAUUUAUAAAUUGGUAAGACCAUUAAAUUUGUAUUUUAGAUCUUGUUAAGAUUUUGGAUGCAAAUGUGUAAGAUAUUUGAAAUAUAUUCAGCCUCUAACAGAAAUGAAAGCAGAACUUUGUUCUGAUACACAACUAUUUGAUUGCAGUUUAUUUUGUUUCUUAAUAUAUAAGUUAAAAAAAGCAGAACUAGUAUUCUACAUAGUAGCGGCUUUAAAGGGGGAUGAGGAUGGAUGACCAUUUCGAGUGCCAAACCGAGAGUUUAUUCAAUACCAAAUAAUCAAAAUUUUCUGAAAAUAUCAAACGAACAUCUUUUCUGAAAUCUUCUGUCAUAAUUUACCUAUUUUUGGCUCAUAGGCAAGUGUGACAAAGGAAUUUGUUAGUAGGAUUCCAAAUUUAGUAAAGCUGGCUGUGAAUCUCCAUUUCCCAUAAUGCUGUCUCAGAGAAUAUCCACAAAUAAAUUAUUAAUUAAUGUCAUAAAUUUAACUUUUUUAUUAAAUGCAAUCAGUCUGAUACUCUGUUAAUCAAUUACCCACCCUGAUUGCGUAAAAAUUUCAUUUAGUGUUAAAAUAGGAAACAAUUCAUUUGUAAAUAUGCUGUUUCUAAGUAAAUAGGAAAAUGUAAUGUGCAUGACACUGGUUAAAAUUUAAGCAGUUGAGAUGUUUUAAGUUUUAACUUUAAUGGUAGGUAAAUUCAUAGCUAAAAUAAGAUAAAAAUCUAGCUACACUUAUGCAUAUUUAAGAAAUUUUAAAAGGUGGCUACAUUUCCGUAAAUAUUGAUGCAUAGACAUGCAUAGUUAACUUUAGAUUUAAAGAUUUGCCUUGAACCAGUUACAUUGGGAAAAACUAAAAUGACAUUAAAAAAUAUACAAUGGAAAUUAAGAAUUGUAUACUCAUAUCAAAUCUUAAUAAACUGAAGAUUUUUUUAUACAAAUCAAUGAAGGAAUUUCGAAAAAUUGAUUUACACAAUUUAUUCUUGUUAAGGAAAAAAAAUCAGAUAAUACAAAUUAGAUCUGAAUUUGCAUCAAUAGGGUAUAAUAUUCGAUAAAGUAUUUCACUUUCCAAAAUCUCUGUUUCAGUUUGAAAAUGAUAAAUUAUUUCAUAUUUCUUUAUGAUUCUUGUACAUACUCUGUGACUAAAAAAACAUCCACAAGUGGAUGUUUCUAUAUGGUCUCCGUAGAAAAAAAAAUUCCAAUUAGAAAAGUAUUUAUUAUGUUACAACGAAUUAAAUAUUUCUUACCAUAACAUGCAAAAUUUGGAGCUAUUUGGGAAUUAAUUUACUGACAUGGUUAACUUUCCAAUGCCUAUUACCAAAUAAAAUUUUAAAAUGAUCACCGAAGUGAGAGCAACUACAAAACUAAACUUUCUCGUUUUGGCAAAUUUAUACUUCCAUAUUGUGAUUGCAUAUGUAGCUGACAUCUUGAAAAUGUUAGGUAUAUCUUUGUAAAUUUUGCAUUUACAAUUGUGCAAAUUUGUUCAUUUAACUUGAUAAAGUAUAAUGAAUAUCUCAUUACCUGUAGUUUUCAUUCUACUGAGACCAUACGAAAAAGUAGAUUUUUAUGUACUUCUACUCACAGUGUUGAAACUGUUCUACACGUUUUGAAGUCUAGAAUUAUAUUAAAGAAAAUAAAAGCACACGUCUAGAAUCGUAAUUACGGAAAUAAAAUUGUUAGCCACCUUUUCUGAAUGGCCUGUAUAAUCUAAAAACUGUCAUAAUAAAAUUUUAAAUAACCCAUUAAAAUUCUGAAUUUCUAGAAAUAAUUUAAAUAAUGGCAGUAAAUUUUAAAAUAAUUAAAAUGCACAUAAUUAGAUUUCAGCUUCAGUGUAAAUUUUAUUUAUCUUACAUAUCAUAGUUUUUAACACUUAGACAUUAAUUUUAACAAAAAGAAAUAUGAUUAAACACAAUUUAAGAAUAUAUUGCCUUUUUUAAUAAUUACAAAACAAAAAAAUUAUUGAAAAAUUAUCAACAAAGACAUAAAGUAAGAAAUUUAGAAUAUAUAAAAUCUCUUUAAAAUAUAUGCAGCCUCUUUUAUGUUAAAAUUACUGCCAAUAUAAUGUUAAAAAUUAAUUAGUAAACAUUAAUGCAAAUGACCUUAAACUAAUUAUAUUACAUUUAUUUCUAUGCACUAAAUAUAUUUUUUACAAUUAAUUAUUUAAAAUAUUAUAUUCACAUUUGUCUCAGAAAAUCUUCUUUGCUGAACUUAAUGAUCCCAAGAUGUUAUUUGUGCAAUUUCUAAUACUCAUUCAAUUCUGAGCCAUACAAACAUGAAGAACAUUCAGAAAAGAUGAUAUAAGCUUUAUUUCUCAAAACAGCAAUUCUAUCCUUACUAUUUAAUUUCUACAGAAGUUCUUCGAAUAAAGUGGAAAAUUUUAUGCAAAAUGGUUCCUUAAAAUUAAAAUGUGUUUGUGUAUAUAUUCUCCAUAGGAUAAAAUUUCCAACUAAUAAUAUACUUGUUACGCUUUAAUCAAUUACAAACAACAAAGUUCUGUAUCUUUAUAUGCAAGAUUCAAAGAGUUAUGCUAAUACUAUAUGUUUUUAAAAUGUCAGUGAUAAAAAUGUAUGAGGAGUGCUAUUUUACCUGAAAUAGAACCAUUAAUUGCCAAAAUGAGCAACUUGCAACUGAAUCUCUAAAUAUGCUCUCAGAAAUCUUUGGUUGCAUUGGUAAUAGGCAAAGAAAAAUGACCUGUCAGUAAAUUCAUUCUCAAAUAUCUCCAUGAAUUUUGUUCAUAAAGGUACAGAACUUUCUUGCAUUUUAUUAAAUCAGAAUGAAUGUUCUAUUAACUGGAAUUUUUAAUUUACAGUGAUAAUAAUAAAAGAUGUGCUUUAUGCUAUAGUUUGAGAUUUAUCUAAGCUACUGCCACAAUGUUGAAAUGGUUUUCAUGCCUUAUUUUAAGAUACUCUGAAAGUAAAGAGUUAUCCAUUUUAUCCAAACAUCCUAUAUAAAUAAUAUUAAAUACAAUAUACGCAGAGAACAAAAAGCUGUCUAAGUGGCAGAAGAAUAGUAGAAAACUAAAAUUUAUCUUCUCAAUUUCUCUCGUAGGUUGAAAAAAAAAAAUAUUUCACAUUCAGUAAAAAUUGCAGAGCAAUUAAAAAUAAUUCAGAGGGAGAUAAAAUGUAAAGACAAAACAUUCACAACUUAUUCUCAUUUAUAAAUGCCAGAUCUUCAUCCAAAUCUAACUUUAAUAUACUGAUAAUUUGUACAUUCCUUUUGUUUCUAAAAACUACUUCUUGUUUAAAAAUAUUAACAAUGUAAAUUGAGUCAAAGGCCAUCUUGCAGAUGUAUGCGAUAUCUAAAUUCAGUGGAUUGGAGGAACUAGGCUAAUCCCCUAAUAUUUUAGGUAAUGAUACUUUACAGUAUCUUUUUACUUAUUAUCACUUAUUACUUUUUAUUUACUUAUUACAUAUUUUUACUUAUUAUUACAUUAUUUUACCUUUUUUUGAGAAGGCUUUACUGAUGAGCUGAGAUUGCAUCAACUAUAGCUAACGGACAACUAGUUAGUUUUCCUGAAACGAAAUCAUAGUGACACAGUAACUUUCAUUUAAACUUUGGAGAGGAAUUCAGUUAAGACAAGUAAGUCUCUCACACUUAAGAUGACAUAUGCUAAAGCAAGCUGUGUCACUUUUAUGUCACUGUCAGCUGUAAAGUAUCACAGUGAUGUGAUCUCAGGUGCCUGUUCAGUGUAUCUUUUAUAUUAAAAAAAUAAUUAAUAAUCACUAAAUUUAGAUCUACCCUUUGUAUUUACAUUGGUAAAACAAUAUUGGUACAUUUCUGUCCAAAAUGAACAUGUUCUCAAAAUGAUCAGUUACAACCAAUUGAGAAAGUCUGUUUUAGACCUGGUGCUAUUUGAGAGAUAUAUCAUUUUAUUAAUUAUUUAAUAUAUUUGCUUAUUAGAGUAUUCAUGAAAAUAAAAUUUUAUUUAUUAUUUCAAUUUGAUUUACUUCCUCCUUCCAAUUUUCACAGCUUUACUAGAGCGUUUGUUGUGCAAUAGAUGUAGUCUUCACAUAAGAAAAUAUUUUGGGUUCAAACCUUGUGUAUUUUUUUUUUUUUUUUUUUUUAAAUGGAGUAGUUCAGAAAAUUACAAAUUUUUAAAACUUAAUUUUUCUUUCUGAUAAUGUAUCUAAAACUGUUUAUUUUUUAAAAAACUCUUUUUGUGAAUUUGAAUUUAUUUAUGUUUAUCAUAUACAUCUGCAUGGUUUUUGUUAAGUACUGGUUAUUACCAUAAUGAAAGAAAUAAUCAAUAUGACUGUAGAAAAACCCUUUCUGUAGAAUCAGUGCAUCUAAAAAUAUAGCAAAAUCUAUAUCUUUCUUUGCUUGAUAAAACUUUUCUUUGUGCUAUUAUUGCAUAUGCUAUUUUUACAUGUUUGCUUUUCAAGAAAUGUAUGAUUUUCAUUUUUAUGUACACAUGAUGAACAGUUGUGCAUCCAGUUUUGCAUUUAGUUUAAAUUAUCUUUCUUAUAGAUACUGCUGCCAAAACUACACAAUUAUGCUAUAAUAAUAUAUUUAUGAUAAAUAUUUUUUUCUUAAAAUUAAUUUUUUUUUAAAUACUGAUAAGAUUAAUUCAUUACAAAUCCUUAUUUAAUGUUCGGUUAUUUGUAAAAAAAGAUAUUUAAUUUUAAUGAAUGAAGGAUAACUUUUUAUAAAAUUAUGAUGAUCAGUACUUUCUUUGUACUUUUUGUAAUUAUAAUGUAGUAACUGAGUAAUUUAUCAUUAUUAUGAAAAUGGAAUCAAUAUUUGAUUGCCAAGCAAUUUUCUACAAUUUUUUUAUGAACAAGGGAAAAUAAUCAAUAUUAAAUGGUAGAACAAAUAGAUUUCUUAUAAUGCAUAUUUUUUAAUCCACAUUUAUUAAAAAAAAUUAGCAAAACAUUUCACAAAUAAAUAAAUAAGAUAAAGAAAUAAAUAAAUAAAAAUAGUAGAACUGUAAUAUAUGUGUUAAAUCAAGAUACAUAUUGUAAAAACUAUAUAGAAUAAUUUCAGUAACAUGCACUGAAUAAUAUGUAACAAAAUACGUAUAAAUUAAUGUAUAUAAAGAUAUAUUUCUAAGGUAACAUUUGGUAACUCAUUUAAAACUGGUCAAAGUGACAACAUUAUAUAUGUAAAUAGAUCAAAUAAUUCUAAAUAUAUGCUCCAACGAAUGCUUCAUUUGUAAAAUAAUCAGUCACAUUUCUUAUCAGCAUGUAUGUAUACAGUGUUCAGUUUAUGUACAGUUAAUGUUCUUUCUCAUUACAAUGGGCUUUUGUGUCACAUUUUUAUGUAUUGCAUAAUAAGUAUAAAGUUUAGGAGAUGAAAGAACUCCUUUUUAUACAAAAUAUUCAAUUUGUAUUUAUACUAAUGUGAAACUAUAUGCUAAAAGUAAGAGAUAUACUUCAUUCAAUUUCUUAAUAAAUGCCAUUUGAAUCUGUAAA